GGACAGGCCGGUAGUGGGUGUGUUCUGUGUGUGCUGCUGUCCUAUAAACAGGGGAAAAGGAGCUCUUUCAGCUGUAUUUCAUGAGUGACAGGAGAAAGCCUGGCAUUACUGUCGUCUACUGCCCAUCAGAACAAAAUGGCAUGGAUUAAAUUGGGAUCGAGGAGCCCUUUAAUGGAGGCAGCUGUGGGGUUUGCACUGGGAGCAGUGGGAGGAUGCAUUCUGGGAGUGACAGAGGACCCGGUGGACCAGUCCAUGACCGUGAUGAACGCAGCCGGUCGCCUGAAACCACUGAUGGAGGAGGUCAGGACUGUGGGUGCUCUGGGGCUAGGGACCCUGAUGGGGGCCACAGCACUGACUGCAGCAAUGACCUCAGCAGUAGCUGGUGUAAUUCUGUCGGCAGUGUUAGCGUCAGUGUUUGUGGCCACGAGGAGCUGCGGGCCCUCCCUUAAGGACUCUGCUGGCCUGUGGUUCUCAGCAGGAGUCGCUGGGGCCUUCGGGAGCACUCUUAGCGGAGCCACGCUGGGGAUCUCUAUCGAAUGGAUUGUGAAGAAUUACGGCAUGGUGGGCCUUCUGUUGGCGCUAAGUCUAUUCACCGUGCUUAAAUCACCCCUGCACUAUGUCUUUAAGAUCCUCUGGAAGCACGGAGAGGCCUGUUGCACUCUGGGUUCUAUUUUCUGGGACAAGGGGAGGGAACAGGUGGAUUUAACAGACUUGGAGCACAGAAACAGAGUGGCGGUUCAGAUAGAGCAGAGGAUCCUGAUGUUGGAGAAUGGAGGCAGCACGACAGAUCACAGGAAAACAUGGGCCACUGAGCGGAAACAGACAGAGGAGAUAGAGAGAAAGAAAAUGGAAAGUCAAGAAGCAGAGAUGGAGCAAAGAACCAUCCAUGAGUGGAUCAACACUGUGUUAGUGAAAUACGUGGACUUCCUGGCUUUCUCUGGGAUACCAAUGACCGUGAUUGCCAUAGUGACGUCCGGAUUUGGGGUGUUCGGUUACGGAGGGCACCAAUCCGUGUUUAUAGUGCUUUUGGUUUUGGUUGCAGUCAUAGCCUACGUCCUGAUGAAAUCUUCUGACUUUAAGUUCUGGAUGUUGAUAGGCUGCAUGGGGAUGUUUGCUACAUUCGUCGUCGCCAUGCUCACGCUACACGCCGGGCAGGUGGUAGUCACAGCGGCCAUGAAGCUGCCAGAGGCGGAGCAGAAGCAGUCCAGAGAAAAAAUCAGCACUAGUGUGAACCAGCAGUCCUCUUUAGAAGCUUUGAACGCAGCUUUCUUUGUGGCAAAAUUAUGCCAGUUAGGUUUGGGGGCUACAGUGGGAGGUCCGCUGGUGAGGCGAGCAGCCGGAGAGGUAAAGGUAAUAGUGGGGGCAGCUUUAGUGGCGGGGUUUUUAUUAGCUGGGAUAGAGGUUUUAUCCCCGAUGCUGGGAGAAGGGGGGAGAGCAGGGGCGCUCUUGGGGGUGGUGGGGGCAGUAGGGGUAUCUGUGGGGGCAGUGGUGGCUGUAGCUAGACGGUGGUCCUCAUGGACAGGAACUUUAGGAACUAUAGCAGGGUUGGUGUUAGGAGCAUUAGUGUUGGGGAAAUGGCACAUUGUCAACAUCGGACUGCAGGUGCCUGUGUGCUACGUCUUUGCUAUGACCAAUCCAUUUUAA